GCCGACAGCAUUCCCCGGGGGCGCACUGAGCAUGACAGAGAGCACAAGUGAAGACCGUGAGUGACCUACAAACAAGCUUUAGCCUACUAUCUUAACUUGACCCACGCUGCAGAUUAACGCCCCCAGCAGCCCCUGAAGGAGCCACGCGGCACCCCGUGCUACCUCCCCUCCUCUCCCAAACGUGACACAUGGAGGCGGAGGAGGAGGGGUUGUCUGGACAUCAUGAUGCAGGAAUUGAUCCACAAACUGUCUCAGAAGGAGGGAAGGUUUAGCCCAAAAGGCACCCUGAGGUGGAGGUAAAGUAGGAGAGUCAGGGUCACUCUCUGGAGGCAUUAUUAGUUUGAAUCAGCGGCAGACGGGUGAGAGGAGCUGGACAUGGUGAUAAACUGCCAGGUUAACCUUGAAUUGUCUUCUCCAGAGUAAAGAGACAAAAAAAACAAGAAACACAAGGAAGAAAGAAACAAAGACUAAGAGAUGGAUAACCAAGACAAGGGAGGAGUUACAGGAGGAGGAGGAGGAGGAGGGCAGACAAACGAGAAACAAAAAGCUGAGGAGGUCGGUGAUGAGGAAAAGUGGACCAAAGAUAAACACAACAAGCUGGAGAAGGAGAGCAGUGAGAAGGAGCCGAGCGGAAAGGCCAUGAAGGAGAAGCGUCGCUGUCACUGGAGAAGCGACUGGGCUCUGAACGAACGUCUGGCCAUCAACGUGUCAGGGAUGCGUUACGAGACCCAGCUCCGCACUCUGGCCCAGUUCCCCGACUCCAUGCUGGGUGACCCCAGGCGUCGCCUUCGCUACUACGACCCCCUGCGGAAUGAACUCUUCCUGGACAGGAGCCGUGUCUGCUUCGAUGCCAUCCUGUACUUCUACCAGUCCGGCGGGAGGCUGCGGAGGCCUGCCAACGUCCCUCUGGACAUGUUCCUGGAGGAGCUGCGCUUCUACGAGCUAGGAGAGGAGAUCAUCGACCGCUACAAAGCGGACGAAGGCUUCCCCAAGGAGGAGGAAAGGCCCUUACCCGCCAAUGACUUGCAGCGCCGCCUCUGGAUGCUGUUUGAGUAUCCGGAGUCCUCCGGUGGAGCUCGGAUCAUCGCCAUCAUCAGCGUCAUGGUCAUCGUGAUCUCCAUUCUCAUCUUCUGCCUGGAAACUAUGCCUGAGUUCAGGAAUGAGAAGGAACUGCGGGAGAAGUUCACCACCAUACCGCACCCCACCAUAGCGAACGAAACCAUCUUGAUCCCACCUGGCUUCACUCCCUUCCAGGACCCCUUCUUUAUCGUAGAGACCAUCUGCAUCAUCUGGUUCUCCUUUGAGCUCAUCGUGCGCUUCACCUGCGCUCCGAGCAAGGUGCACUUCUUCAAAGAUGUCAUGAACACCAUCGACUUCUUCGCCAUCAUUCCCUAUUUCGUCACCCUGGGCACGGAGCUUACCAAGGACAAGGACGCGCAGGCCUCCGUGUCCCUGGCCCUGAUUAGGGUCAUCAGGCUGGUGAGAGUCUUCAGGAUCUUCAAGCUCUCUCGUCACUCCAAGGGCCUUCAGAUCCUGGGCCAGACGCUGAAGGCCAGCCUCAGAGAGCUCGCCCUGCUCAUCUUCUUUCUCUUCAUCGGAGUCAUUAUCUUUUCUAGUGCCGCCUACUUUGCAGAGGUGGAUAGUCCUAACACGGCGUUCACCAGCAUCCCUGAGGCAUUCUGGUGGGCUGUCGUGUCCAUGACGACAGUCGGCUACGGGGACAUGUACCCGGUGACGGUCGGAGGGAAGCUGGUGGGCUCCAUGUGCGCCAUCGCCGGCGUGCUCACAAUCUCUUUGCCAGUUCCCGUCAUCGUGUCCAACUUCAGCUAUUUCUACCACCGCGAGAUGGAGUGCGAGGACACGACCCAGUACAACCAUGUCUCCACGUCGGUCUGGGAAGGAGAGGACGAUGAAGAGGGGGAAAAUGAGGAAGGAGUGGAUGAGGGGCAUGAACACAUGGGAGAUUGUGUACCCUUGUACGGGCAAGACAGCAGGGGUAUCUGCCCUCCGCUCAACGGGACGCUCCUGGCAGGGCUUUGUGACGGACAGGAAGCUGGUUAUCAGAGAGGGAUAAACUUCUACCUCAAAGAACCUCUGGUCACUCAGGUUUGACAGACAUGAUGGACAGGCCUGUCCCACUGUCUCACAUCAAGAAAAGAGAGUGCCAAGAUGGAAAGAUGCUGGCAGAGUAAUACAGGAGAAAAGGUUCACAAAGACUUGCACUGAUAUAAGCUCUAAUGUGUUACAUUUGAGGCAUUGGCAUGAUUAUAUUUGACUGAUAAGCAUCUGUUUUUUUCCUCAAUAAAUACAAAUCUAACCUUUAAAAAACCCUGCAGGUCUUUUGAUAAAACGUACUGCUGUAGUAAAGACAUAUCCAGACACCUCAAAGAAUCCUCUAUCCACCUCAAAUAAAAGAAUAACCCACCUGCCGCACAAUAAAGUAGAUUUUAACUUCUUUCCAAAGUUGCGACUGUUUCUUAAACCCAACAAAUAUGGCAGCCAGAGUUGACAUUUGGUGCCUUCCUGUCUCGUUUUGGGCAAGGGAAAAAUGAUUAAUAUAGACAAAUGAAACAGGUAGUAAAAGUUUCAGGUAACGCUUCAUGCUAUGGGUCCAUAAUUUAACUAACAAUAAUUUCCUAGAAGUUUUCUGGAAAUUACUAUGUACAUUGGUAACUAGGAAUUUACUGAAAGCAAACGUUAAACGUUAAACUUAAGUAAAUAUUCCAACCAGUAUAGAUUUAUCAUUGGAAAUUUUAUUCUCCUUAUAUAUAGACAUGUUUGCUUGGUUGGACAGUUUUCUCAUAUUCAGUUGACUUGCUGUGCACUGACUGAAACACUAUCUCGGUUGCAAUUAAUUGGAAUUUAGUUGCUGAAAGUGUGCCAACUGAACACCGUUUCUAUUUCCCUAUAAUUAAUACCAAAAUGAUAUAGUCCUUUCAGGGAAACAUUCAAGAAAAUUACCAAGAAAUUAUUCAGAAAGUACAGACCCGUAAAGUAAACCAUUACCAAAUGAUUGAACUUCCAGCCACCAUCUUUGUUUGGCUAAAUAAAAGCGCUGCAGCUAAGAAAGCAGGUAAAACAUCUUCUUUCCUGUGCAGCAGAUUGUAUAUGUUUUAUCCUGGCUGGAUGGAGGAUUAUUUUAGGACUCGAAAAUGUCUUUAAAACAGAGAAAAGUGUUGUUUAAAAAUCUGUGAGGUGCCCGUGUCACUUGCAUGUUAUCAUCACUGCAAACACCUCAAAUGUCAAAAAGGAAAAUUAAGUCACCCCAAGUCAAUGUAAACUACAAACAGAACCGCUUCAGAGACAGAUAUUCCAGAGACAUACAAAACGUAUAUAACAACGUUAUUAUAAUAUACAAUUUAUGUUGUAUAAUCCCUGUAAUGACGGAUACUGGUGUCACUGUUUCAGCAAUGUGAAAACAAAAAUGACUGAAGUGCUGAAUGCAGGAAAUCAAUUCACCGCACAUUCAUCUGAUGGUGUUAAGUGAGCCACAGUGCCAUUAACUGCUGCUGUGAACAUACUGUAUAGGAGCUAAGUGAACAGCAAGUGUUGAUGCCCUGUACUUGUCAGAGUUAUGGCAGAAAUGAAGCACUGUAAUCUCGCAAAGAGACUACAACAAAGAGAUCGGCUGGUGGCGGCGCAGACAGAGUUCUUGUAGUCAGUCCAAAGCCAGUUUGUAAGCUACAUACAGCAGUGCAAUAGAUACAGCCUGGAGAGGUGUGUGGAGAAAGCUGAUAUCAGGUCACAGACCAUAUAGCUCAGAGCCAGCUGACAUUUAUAAUAACUGCAGUGUCUGGAGCAACACUGUGCUCUGAUGGUCCCGGGCAAUAGUGGUAGCACUAACAAUCUUCGCAGAUUUGUCCUCACGUCAAUGAGAACAACUUUCCCUGAGUUACUCUCUGCCUUAAACUACGCAGAGUAUAUGUGUUAUUAAACUGAUGUCGAACAUGUACGGUUUCCUUCAGCUGAUUCCCAAUCAGGGACUCAUUCAUCGGCUGUUUGGCUACCAGCUGACUUUAAUACUGGACUGCUUUAUGGCAGUAUUACUUUUGCAGAAUAUUUGCAUCAGUGGGAUGAAGUAUGAAGUUCUAACAAUUCUUCAAUUUAUCUUAAAACAGUUUCUAAAUGGAAAUUCUAGAAGAAAUUGUAUAUUAUGAUAAACUGUAAUCACAAAGUUAUAUAUUUUGCUAAAAUAUUGAAUCUAUAUAACUUACCCCACUUGUUGCUUUUCCCAAAA